AUGCAAACCUCACGGAAGAACCCGCCUCUACCUGGGCGAUUUGAACAAAUCCAACUCUUGACUGACCUGUCAUCCACUACCAUGCUUAAGAGGAAAACCUUUGCCCCCAUCACAGCGGCACUAUGGGUGACGACCAUCCCAUUUAAGUGGGGCUUUCCAGAUAAACUGCUGGUUAAACGAAACGGGACAGAUUUGCAAUCACAGCUUCGAGAUCUAGAACUAGCAAAAACUACACUAAUGCUACAGGAGAUGAAGCACAGUUUUUUCGCUUCAAGCAAUAGAGCAGAAGCCAAAUUAGCAUCCCAGCUUAAGAAGCGGUCUGUGGCCUCCAGAAUCGCCUACCUCAAAAAUGCUAGGGGAGUAAAAGUAUUAGAUCCACAACAUGUGGCAAAUGAAUUUGCUGAGUACUACAUAAUCUAA